AUGAAUCGACAUAUAUGUAGGCUCUUUGUUCCUACGAGACGCCUAUAUUCAACAGCACCCCCCUCGAAGCAACCUUCAUCCCCCAAUAAAUUAGAGCUCCAGGACCUCACGCCCUCAGAGCUAUGUUACCACUGGGACACAAAACAACCUACUCCGGAGCAGCUCGCUUUCGCCGAGAAAUUAUUCGUACCGUCUCGCCAUUCGCCGCUUAAAUUGUGGUCUGCAAGCAAGUUCCGCACAGCGCCACUAUCCUCAAUCGAGCCUGAAGUUGCAUUCCUCGGCCGUUCCAAUGUCGGUAAAAGUUCUCUAUUGAAUGCGAUCAUGGGGCAGGAGAUAUGCUGGACAUCCUCCAAACCCGGCCGGACAAGGGAAAUGAAUGCAUUUGGCAUUGGAGGUACGAAGGGCGGUGAAUCCAAGGUGGUUCUUUUGGAUAUGCCAGGAUACGGCAAAGCCAGUCGAGCGGAGUGGGGAAUGGAGAUUUUGAAAUAUCUACAAGGGCGGAAACAACUCCGUCGCACUUUCAUCCUCGUCGAUAGCGAACAUGGGAUCAAACAGCAGGACGCAGAUAUCCUCCAGCUCUGCCGGCAUAAUGGAAUCCCACACCAAAUAAUCCUCUCCAAGGUUGAUAAAGUGCUCAGCAAAUCGAAGAAACAGCUCAAAACCGGGGUAUCGACUGCAAGCAUUCAACGACUUGCUAAAAUGCUACAAGAUAUGAAACCACUUGUUCAACCGGACGCACGUAUCUCGGAGGGACCAGGCUCUCUAGGCGAGCUCAUCACCUGUAGUUCUGAAGUUCCCAUUGGAUCAGGUCAAUUUCUGGGAAUCAACACAGUACGCUGGGCAAUUCUUUCCGCAGCAGGAAUUGAUGGCAGCUUGGAAAGCGUGCGACCUGCUCCUCGACAACCCUCCGUUGAAGCCUCUGCCGAUACAUCUUGA